AUGACGAAGCAAGUUCUGUUGUGUCUUUUGCACGAUGCAAAAAAUAAUAUAAAAAAUGAAAUAUCCCAAUUGAAUGAUGACAUAGAAUAUUUGAAAGAAACUAUAGAGAUAAAAAAGAAUAAUAGGAUAAUUAAUUCAGUGAAUAAAAGAUUUGAUGGGAGAAAAGAAAAACAAUAUGAAGAAUUAAAAAAAUUUAUAUCGGCAUAUUUAAUUUAUUUGUUACAAAAUGGAAAUAUUGAUGAUGAAAAAAUGAAUGUUGAUGAUGAAAAAAUGAGUGUUGAUGAUGGUAUGGAUGAACAAAAAAAGGAAGCUCAUUUAUACUUAGAUAAAACAAUUCAAGGAAUAAACUCCGAAAAGAUUAAUCAUACAUAUUUUGAUGAAGAGGAAAAAAACAUAGAAGUAUUAAAAAGUAUGUGUAAUAAGAGAUAUAUAUUGAAAAACAUAUUAAAUUUAAUAAAAUUAUGUAAUGUAAAAGAUUUUAAUUUUGAAGAAUCCAAAAAUAUGUUUAGUGAUAUAAUGUAUAAAUUAAAAAAUAUAAGUGAAUAUAUUACAAAAGAUACAAGACAAAACAAUGUUAUAUUAUCAAAUGGAAUAGGACAUGAUAUGAAUGAUUUAAUUCAACAUAAAAUUAUAAAGAAUAAUUAUAUGAAUAAACAGAAUGAGGAAGUAAGCACAUCCAUAUAUAAUUUUGAUUAUUCUAAAAAUCAAUCGGAUGAAGAAUCAUACAUUUCAUCUACAGCCCCGUCGUUAAAUUGGUGCAUGGAUAUUCAUAAUAAUGAUAAAAAAUUCAUUUUAAAUAAUGAUAAUAUAUUUAUACAAGGAAAUAAUAAUAGUACAUCCGAAAAUGAGGGAAAUCAUUUGGUACACUCUUUAAAAAAGGAAGGAGAAUUUUUUUCUUUUAAUAACACUACUAAACAUGAAUCUCUGAAUAAAUUUUUUUUAAAUAAAAAAUUGGGAAAGGAAAUAAAUUAUUUUGAUAAAUUAAACAAAGUUUUGGAUUUAGCACAUGAUAAUAGUUAUAAUAAAUGUAACUUGAUUGAAGAACAGCAUUGUGUGGAUAAGAAAGGAUUGGAUACUUUAAUAAUGUUUGACAAAAAGGAGAAAAAAAAAAAUAAUGAUAUUAUUAAAAAUGGAAAGGGUACCAAUAAUACUGUUUUGAUAAACACAAUGGUAGGUGGCAAUGUAAAGGGGCUGGUACCUUUAAAAAAAUUUAUGGGCUCUAAAAGAUUUCCCCCUACUAAAAGGUUUACAAAUAAUAAUAACAACAAUGAUAAUAAUAAUAAUAAUAAUAAUAAUAACAAUAGUGAUGGUCAUUAUGAUGACCAUUAUGAUGACCAUUAUGAUGACCAUUGUGAUGAUUUUAAAGAAGGAGACCGAGAUCAGUCGUCCUCCUCGGAGCACUCAAGUAUUAACACGGAGAAAAAGAAAAAGGAUAAUGAUAACACAAAACAAAUUAAGUACCUUUUUCACAUUAACAACAAAGGUAAAGGAUUUUUUCGAAUUAAGAAGAAGGGAAAUAAAUCGGCAAGAAAUUGUUUAUGCGAUGUAGUAAUUACAUAUGAAGGAACAAACCAUAUAAGUGAUGAUAAACAAGAUAAUGAAAAGAAGGAUACCAAAUUAAAAAGAAAAAAAAAAAAAGUCGUUUUCUUUUCCUUUUUAAAAAAGGGCAAAUCUAUUUAUCAUAUAAAUAGCUUAAAUAUUAAUGAUAAUUAUGAUCAUAUUUUAAAAGAUGCUGUUUAUUAUAAUAAUGGGAAUUAUAUAAAAGGGGAAUGUGUGUGGGGGGAAAAAAAAAAAAAAAAAAAAAAUAAUAACAAUAAUAAUAAUAAUAAUAAUAUUAUAUCACAAAAUGUGGAACGUUUAAAUGAUGAGAACUUAAUAAAGAAAUAUUCAUUAGGAACCUUAACAAAUUAUAUUAAUGAAAAAGAUACAAAAAAAAAAAAAAAAAAGCAGGAAGGAAAUUGCUCCAUAUCUUAUAAUAACAUACAAUUUGUGGAAACUAAUAGACUAAGGGCUUUGUACAUUCAACUAUUACAUAAACAACAUAAUUUAUUUCGAGAUCGUAAUUUUUAUAAAUGUGAAUUGGAAAAAUUGAAAGAGGAUAUAAAGAACAAUAACGAGCCGUAUGCGGAAUUUAUUAAAGAAGAGAAAAAAAAAUUUAUUGAAAGAGAAAAAGAAAUAUAUAAAAAAGAAAAGAGGAUUUUGAAAAGGAUGAAUCAAUUAAAAAAAAAGAUGGUUAUGUUAAACGGAGAAUUAGAAUUAACAAAAAAUUUAUUAAAGAAGGAAACCGAUUUAAAUAAACAAUUAACUAUUAUGUUAGAAGAAAAUAAGGAUGUUUUAUUAAAUAAUCAAACUCAAAUAAAAAAUUUAAAUAAUGAAUGUAACAAAUUGAAAGAAACGAACUUAAUGGAAAAAAAAGAAAAUGAAAAGUUAAAAGAUGAAAUUAAUGAAAGAUUAAAUAAUAUUAAAAAAGUAAAUGAGGAAUUAACACAUUUGAAGGAAGAUCAAUCUUUUGAAAACUUCAGAAAAUUGAUUUUACAGAAAAUCGGUAAAACAAAUGGAGAUAUAAAAUAUCUAGCUGAAUUAUUAGAAUCGUUAACAAAAGAAUUAGAAAAUAAAAAAAAAGAACAAGUGUCCAAUUCUCAGCAAAUGUUAAAGAUGCAAGAAAAUUUUAAAAGAAAUGAAGAACUCUUAAAUAAAUCAAACAAAGAAUUGAAGAGAGAAAAGAAGAGGGAAAAGAAAAUGAUCGAGAGGAUAGUUUAUUUGACUGAACAAAAUAAUAAUUUGAAGGAAACUAUCAAUGUUUUAAAAUCGAAAGGAGAAAAAAAAAAUAAAAAAGAUAAAAAGGAUAAAAAAAAUGAAAAAGAUAAAAAGGAUAAAAAAAAUGAAAAAAAUGAAAAAAAUGAAAAAAAUAAAAAAAAUUAUGAUAGUUAUGAUAAUUGUGAUAAUUAUGAUAAUUGUGAUAAUUAUGAUAGUUAUGAUAAUUAUGAAAAGGGAGAAAAGAAAGAGGAUACGUAUUAUAGGUUGGUCGACCCAUGGAGUACCACCACAAAAAUGAAAAAUAUGAAAAAAAAAGGAAAUAAGACGAAUAGGGAUGAUAUGAAUAAUAAUGUGAGAAAUAAUGAGAAAUAUAUAGGACAAGAUCAUAUAAUGAUUGGAAUUAAUCAAAAUGACAAAAUUAAGAAAAAGGAAAAUGGAUACUUUGUAAAUUACCACAGAGGAGAAGAUUUAUGUGAAGGGGGGGAUAAUUUAUUUAUUAUAAAUCAAGAAGAUGGUAGUUCUAACGGUUUAGAACAUAUUGAACAAUUUUUAAGAGAAAACAAAAGAAAGGAAAGUAAUAAAAACAUGAAGAGGCAGAGUGUUACAAUAUAUUCAGAUGAUGAAGAUUCUCAUAUGUCAUAUAAUAAUGAUACAAAAAGGGAAAAUUCGAUAGGGGAUAUAUAUAGUAGUAUGGAGUUUAUAAAUAAUUACGAGACCAUAUGGAAGAAAAAUAUAAUUCUAUAA